AUGGAUGGAGAUCGAACCCCGACCGUUGGAGGAUCAACCGGAACUGAUCAAGUAUUCCUCACCAGUUACCGCCUACACAACCGACUCUGGGAGAAGAAGACACGCGACGGUUGGCGAAUAGUCAUACCGCCCAACUUUCCCACCCGGCUACUAUUCCGCUAUCACGACGAUGAUCUAAUGGGACAUCCAGGCUACGCCGAAACCUACCGAAACAUUGCUACAUACUACACUUGGCUCCGUAUGAAGGUGCAGAUAACCGUGUACGUACAAAAUUGCCUGCUGUGUAGCUGCUCAAAAGCGUACAACCGGAAUCACGAACCUACGCAACGACCGCGACGGUCUACUAGACCAUGGGAAACCGUAUGUCUCGAUCUGAUGGGCCCCUACCCACUCUCCAAGUGA